CAAUGGGCAGCGGCGGGCUACGCGCCCCGCGCCCGAGCCGCAGUCGCGCCCUCUCACUGCCUAGCGAAGGCUUGGACAGCGCGCGGAGGCGAGCGCGGUGAAGAGGGGCCUUCGGCGCCGCAGCCGCAGCCGCCUUCAGGGCAUGAGGAUGGCCGUGGGCUCCGUCAAGAUGCAGCCGCCGUGCGAGAGUCCGGCCCUGGCCGCGGCGGCGGCGGUGGCGGCGGCAGACGGCGCCUUUCGCCGCAGCCCCAGCGCCCGCGAGCCGGAGCGCGAGCCGCUGCAGUUGCCGCCGCGGCCGCGGCUGCGGGACCUUCCCGCGCUGCUGCGGAGCGGCCUCACUCUGCGGAGGAAGCGCAGCGCCGCCGGGGGCCGGACUCUAUCAAGAAGAAUUUCCAAUCCAUACCUUGAACCUACUCCUUCCCAGGUUUAUGGAGAGAAUUCUUCUUGUGCAGGAAGAGCACUGAGGAAUAUUAUCAUCGUUCAGGCAGCUGACCUGAUAAAGGACAGGGUGAACCUCAAGGGAUUUUACAGGAGAAGCUGCGUUGGGUCGGAACUGGUAGACUGGCUUCUAGAACACUGUCCUUUGGUCCAAUGCAGAUCUAUGGCCAUAGGGGUCUGGCAGCUCCUACUGGAUAUGGGAAUUAUGUCAUCAGUGGACCAGCAUUUAUGCUUUCAAGAUACCUAUGUUUUCUACCAGUUUUCGUCUGACGAGUGUAGCUACUUGUACUGUGAAUUUGAAAGAGAAGAGGCGUGGCAAAACGGUGUCAAACUUUUACUGCAGCUGGUGCCUCUCAUUCCCACUAGAGCUGGCAUCUGUGACCUAUCUCAUCAGAAAAUUGAAGACUCAGAAGAGAGCAGCGAUGAAAUUCUUUGUCGUCUAACGUCUGCGGUGCAGAGAGAGCUAGCAGCUGUUAUUGCUUUGAAAGCAAGGAAGUCUGCAAUUGAACAAGAUGAAGAAAACAGUGACAAACACGUAACUGUGGCAGAGGCUGAAGGUGUUGCAGAUCCUCAGGCUGGGAUGAUAUGCAAACUUCAGGAGAGAGAUGAUAUCGGGCGAAUUGAACUGGUCCAGAAGCUGGCAAGAGAAAACUGUCAAUUUUUGCAGACGGACAAAAAAGAACAGGAGAAGUCUGAACAUCAGGAUGAUGAAGUGACAACCGUUCAGGUUAAAGAGCAAGACCGGGACGUCCUGGUGCUGAAGAAAGUGCAGAGCUGCGGCCCAGCCCCCCAAGCCGGGAGCUCAGAGAGUGAUUGGAGAUACGUGGUCGUGUCCGGGACCCCGGAGAAGAUCUUGGAGCACCUUUUGAAUGACUUGCACCUGGAAGAAGUCCAGGACAAAGAAACAGAGACCCUCCUUGAUGACUUCCUUCUCACGUACACGGUCUUCAUGACAACUGACGACUUGUGCCAGGCGCUGUUGAGGCACUAUUCUGCUAAGAAGUAUCAAGGCAAAGAAGAAAACUCAGAUGUUCCUUGUCGGAAACGGAAGGUCUUGCAUCUUGUUUCCCAGUGGAUUGCUCUGUACAAAGACUGGUUACAUGAAGAUGAACAUUCAAAAAUGUUUUUAAAGACCAUAUACAGAAACGUACUGGAUGAUGUAUAUGAAUACCCAAUACUUGAAAAAGAACUGAAAGAAUUUCAAAAGAUACUUGGAAUGCACCGUCGUCACACUGUAGAUGAAUAUUCACCACAAAGGAAGAAUAAAGCCCUUUUCCACCAAUUCAGUCUUAAGGAGAACUGGCUCCAGCAUAGAGGAACUGUGACGGAAACAGAGGAAAUUUUCUGUCACGUGUAUAUCACGGAGCACUCCUAUGUCAGCGUGAAGGCAAAAGUUUCCAGUACAGCCCAAGAGAUCCUGAGAGUUGUGGCGGAAAAGAUCCAGCACGCGGAAGAGGAUCUGGCUCUGGUAGCCGUCACAUUCUCUGGGGAAAAGCAUGAACUUCAGCCAAAUGACUUGGCCAUCUCCAAAUCCCUUGAAGCAUCUGGUCGGAUAUAUGUCUACCGGAAAGACCUGGCUGACACUUUGAAUCCUUUUGCAGAAAAUGAAGAAUCACAGCAAAGGUCGAUUAGGAUUUUGGGAAUGAACACUUGGGAUAUUGCUCUGGAAUUAAUGAAUUUUGAUUGGAGCCUCUUCAAUUCAAUUCACGAGCAAGAGCUGAUCUACUUCACGUUCAGCAGACAAGGAAGUGGGGACCACACAGUGAACCUGAGCCUCCUACUCCAGAGAUGCAAUGAGGUCCAGCUCUGGGUGGCCACGGAGAUUCUGCUCUGCAGCCAACUGGGCAAGAGAGUGCAGCUGGUGAAAAAAUUCAUCAAAAUUGCUGCUCACUGCAAAGCCCAGAGAAACCUGAAUUCUUUCUUUGCUAUUGUGAUGGGUCUCAACACUGCUUCUGUCAGCCGGCUGUCCCAGACCUGGGAGAAAAUCCCUGGGAAGUUUAAGAAACUUUUUUCUGAACUUGAAAGUUUAACAGAUCCUUCCCUGAAUCACAAAGCCUACCGAGAUGCAUUCAAAAAGAUGAAGCCGCCCAAAAUCCCUUUCAUGCCCUUAUUGCUUAAAGAUGUAACAUUCAUUCAUGAAGGAAAUAAAACAUUUUUGGAUAAUCUUGUCAAUUUUGAAAAACUGCAUAUGAUUGCAGACACUGUCCGAACACUGAGACACUGCAGGACUAACCAGUUUGGAGGUGACAUAUCUCCAAAAGAGCACCCAGAGUUAAAAGCCUACGUUCAUCACCUGUGCGUCAUUGACAGCCAGCAGGCCCUGUUUGCGCUGUCGCACAGGAUCGAGCCACGGGUGUGAGCCCCCCCACGCCUCGCCACCCUGGAACCGCAGCCCCGGGAGCUCCGGGGAUGGCAGCGCCGAGCACGUUGCUUUCCUGAGAGAAAAGAAGUUGCUGAGUUUUAUCAGCGUAUCACAAGACAUACACAGGAAAGCCAGCCAGAGCGUGCUCGCGAAGUGAUGUCAGCUGCCAGAGAUGCGGAGAGGCUGCUGUCGGAAGGAGAAGGCAGAAGCUUUCUCGAAAUGGAGAAGUCUGGUUUCUUAGGAUCACCUUGUUGAACCAAUCCAAUUUUCACUUUGAGAUGCGCCAGCGUCAAGACGAGAGACCGUCUCCUGUCUUACGGUGACCAGGUGUCUCAGUAAGAGCAUGUGUGAGCCUGGGAGGAGUUUUACUUUGCGUUUCUAGGCUGUCAAAGCGGGAGCUCAUUUGAACACCUGAAGACAGUGACGGCAUCUCUAGGUUUCCAGGGAGAUGCACCGGUCUCUGUCUUUAUGAACUAUGACGUCACCAAAAGCCACUUUUGUCUAGGGAGUUAGUGAGGACUGGCAGCUGGCAUCCCUGCUCUGAUCUCCAGAAGAGAAAUGUCAAGGCAUGCAUUUCUUGGCAUCCACAGUCACGUAGCGAUGUAUGCUCGCAGGUGAAAUGCGUUUCUGCGCAACUGAUUCACAACUGUAGGCAAGUUAGACUAAGUUGCUUUGCCAACACGGAAGAACAGUCACUUUUAAGAAAUCGACUCAUUGAAUUUCUGGGGAUUUUCUUUCCACGUGCCAGCAGGCUCUCAUCUCGGGUACAAUACGAUUUUUGACAAAAGCACAGUGCCUGACACAUUGCAGGCACUCUUAACUGUUUCUGGGGGUGACGGUCACAAAGGCCCGCCUUUUUGUACCUGGCGAUGCCCUCGUGUGUUGCUUGCUUCCAGCAGCCUCAUGCCCAUACUCUGGAAUGAGAACGGCCCAUACAGGGAGUUUAAGUGGGAUCUGAUGUGUGAAGCACUUAGCACUCCCUGGAGAAGAACAAGGAGUUAAAAUAGUGGUGAUUGCCCAUCUUUCAGCAAAUGAAAAGAACCCCAAAGAUCUAAAUGUCUUAUGUAUGUUGGACACUUAGAAGUCCUAUAGUCUGCCUCCCAACCAAGGCAGGGAGCCUUUCUAUAAUUUGCCUUUCCCCCCCACCAAAGUCUCAGAGUCUUUUAAGUCUUUUUAUUCCCAUUUUUACAGGUUGGGGCUCCUACAGUAAAUAUGACCUCUUGCUGUUCUCAAGAACUGGUUAGAGGAUUUCCCUCAACCUUCAAAUGAACAAAAAAGCCUGUGGGAUACAGUAAUGAAAUCCACCCCUGCCAGCUAGAUCCUUGUCACUUUGCUAAAAUACAAGGGCCCUGCUUUGCCUGUUAGGUUCAUUCAUUUUCCACACACGUGAUCCCGGUGCCCCUCUCACCCCUCCUACCUGGUCCCCUCCUUGGUGCCUGUACAGAAUCGCUUCUUCUUGUCUCAUCAGCACCUCAUUUCUGAGAUGUGUCCAAUGCUUUCUUACACCUUUAUAGCAAUGCUGUUUCCUGGGCUCGGGAGCCGCACUGGGCUUGAGAGAUCCCUGUUAGCAGCCCCAGGGAGCAAAUUUGGGGUAGGACUUUGAAAGAGAGUCUGUCCCAGCAUGUCAAUCUUCAGUCCUGAACAUUAACAGGGCUUUAUAGAAAGGCACCAUCCAGGGCUGGUCCACUCAGAGAAAUGCCCCAGGCUCCUGGGAAUGGAAUGAGACUCAUUGGAGGAGAUCAGACCCACCAGAACCAGGGAAAAGAGAUUUUUCUCGUGGCUGAUCAAACACUGGAAAAGCGCUCCACUUGGCAAUUACUGAGGACGCUGUGGGCUUACAGCACCAGUGUGUGUUCUGGUCUUUUCUCUAUGCUCGGGAGUAGCAUUGGGCCAUUCUAAUCCUACGAGGCCAUUUGGACAUCGUCUCUUGUGUUUUACAGUUUAAAUGGUUAUUCACAUUAGAUCUACAUUGCUCCAACAAAAAGUAUUGCAAUUGCUCCAGUGGAGAACUGUUUUAGCACAGGACCUGCUGCUUGGACCUCAACUCAGAUGUGUGCGUGGCCAAACGAACACACACGUACAUCACACCUAAACAGAUUUUGAGGGUGUAGUCAGAGUACCCCACGUGGUAUGGGUGGAAACAGACUGGGAGAGAACGGCGCUUGCCCACUGUUUCCUCCAGCCAUGGUCUUGUGGCUCUUGGGGCAGCAAAAGGGAAGGAUUUUGUUUUGUUGAGAUGUGCUUUUCCAUCCCUGUCUUCUGAAAGUCAAAAUCUCUAAAUCUUCCUGAAAUUUAACAACGAUCUGCAGAGGUCUCCCAGGCAGCAGCUCUCAGAACUUUCAGAAGCAAUGAGAAGACGUGAAUCUGGAAUCAAUGAAUUCAAGGCAGAAUCAUGGGAACCAGAUGUAGCUCAACAUGAAGCUGUUUCUAAUGAGUCUGGAGCUGUCCAAGUGAACAGGCUGCAGGGGACUUAAGCAGGGUCCCUGUUAAUAGGGAUGGGUCAUAUUCCCUCUGCAUAUAUCUGCCAAGGCCUCUUCGGAAUAGGUUUUGUUCUGGCCAGAAGGGUGGCCAGGAGGACCUGUAAGCUCUUUUCUAACUCUGUUAGAUUUUCACAAUCACACGAAAUCUCCAUUCACUCUGAAAAAUCUCCUAUCAUCUGAGACCUUCACCAGCGACGGGUGCGUGGGCACUUCUAAGGGGGUUCUUUUUGCUAUGGCACAAUUUUCAGACAGUCCUAUGGGUCUUUGGAUUUGUCAGCAAACCAGCCCUGCUUAGAAGUUAGCACAGGGCAAGUUCCUAUCGGCAAAAUCACAACCACUCAAAAGAAUUUUUUUAAUUUUUCCAUACACAUUUGCAGAUGCUCCAAAGACUACAGUGUUUUAUAAUAACUUCACUCUUAGUUAUAAUCUGUAUAAUUGCCAGAUGGUUGUAGUGAUACAUAUUAUGGCCUGCGUUCACUUUAUUCUAGUAUCUCUUUAGAAUAAAUUCAUUUUCCUAGACCCCUGUCCACAAGCAAGUUGGGUGGAGAAUACCUUAAAUUCAGAAGCAUAGGGACAAAGUAAAAACCCAUACCUCCCAGCUUGUAGGGAGAUGUUGCACUAAUGCAUACCCACCUCCAAGUAGGGAGACACAGUGGCAUCAAAGAGAAGGUGCUGGUGACGUUUGAUCCCUGGAGCUGGGCUUCCACUGCUGCCCCGAUCCCUGCCCAGUGGUUUUGUUGCAGCCAUCACACACACCACAGAUUCCAAGUGUCCCUAGAUGGCACAGCUAAUCUGAGCUUCUCAGAAACUAGGCAAAAACAUUAAAAUGGAGAAGACCAGGUCCACUCUGGUGAUCUAACAUGGAUAGCAUUUCUUUUAAAUGCUUCAAAGACAUGUCCUUAAAUUUUCAGCCUGCUUAUUAACGAGUGAGCCAUUGUGCUUAAAACUAGUGCUGGAAAAAAGUUUUUAAAAAUUGCCAAAAAGUUAGAUGAAAAUGUACUAUAUAAAGCAAAGCUGUAUAUACUAAACAUUUUUUAGCAGAGUAAUAUUUAUUUGCAUAGCCUAUUUAUUCGUAUUACACUGUCAUCAAAUACUAGGAUGAAAUCGAUGACCAAAAGCAAGGACUCUUGCCUUUUAAUGUAUCAUUAAUUAGGACCGCUGUGACAUUAUCAGCUUGCAUUAACAGAAGAUAGAAAACCCACAAUCAGGGCAUCUACCUAACUUCUCAGGGACUACACUUUGUAGUUUUCCACCAUUAGAAGAGCUGGUAAAUAUGAAACAUUUGUGGAAUUACCAGAAUUGCCAUUAACAGUAUUUCUUUCUCAUAUUUCAUGCUUUCUGCUUCUGUAUAUAUGACUGUGCUGUGUAUUUAUCAAAGCUAGUAAGCAAUAAUUUAUAUGUAAAAAUGGCCAAGCAAUAUAAGGUGAAAACUUACAUAUAAGUCACUGUUACCUUAUCUUGUAUUUUCAAGUGUUUUUUUUAAAAAACUGCUUUUCCAAAUAUAAGAUGAUGUUAAAGAUACUAUUCAUGCCUCAGAGCUUCUUGCUUUGUGAUGUCUGGGGGCUCUGUAGCCUGUGUUCCAGCAGCGUAUUACGCUCAGAUGUGUGGAACUCAGAAAUCAUUUACUUGCUGACAGCGCUACAAGUAGGUGAAGAGAUUCUCAGGCGACCCAUGGAAGCCUAAAUCACUUGUGCUGCCAUUGAGUUAUUGUAGAACCUAAAGACCCUGGAAAUCGCAUCGUAUUCUGGGAUGUGGAGACUCCAACAACCCCUGUCAUUACCUCACCCCACUCAAGUGGGACCACGUACUCUCCCUUCCUUACCAGCCCAGACACUGAGGCAAGCUCCAAGCCCUGGUGGUGAUGCCCUAGGCCUGGAAUAGCAGCAGGACAAAAGCUACGGGUGGGACGAUGAAGCAAAGGGGUGGUAAUGAUGCUCUACUGGAAUGGAAAGAUGAGGGUCGUAUACACUGGGGUAGACUUAUCCUUCAGACUCUUCUCUCCCCCUCCCUCCGGAAGAAUUAUACAUUCUGCCCAUUGAUGUCAAGCUUGGCCUUUGGCAGGUGCUGACCCCUCCCCCUGCAAGAGGAUUAUGUCGUUUACCAUGUUGAGCUGAGAACCGGCUAAAUGUCUUCCUCUGUCCAGUGAAAAGCAACCCGUGUGGCUUGGAGACCGAAGCUUUGAGGUAACCUGUGGCUGCCAUGUCUCCUCUGCUAGGAGACCCGCAGUGUCCAAGUAAAGGUGUCUCCAUCCACUGGACUCUCCAGCUUGUGAAGGAUGUGUCACUUGAGUGAGAAAUAAAACAUCACCAUUAGAAGCCGCUGCACUUGGGUGGCAGGGCGGGGGUAGGUGACUACCCGGGUGGAAUUUCACCGAAGCUGACUAAUACAGUCUCCAGGACACUGCUUUCUUGAUAAACGGCCCUUUCCCUCAGUCCACGUUGGGGUGAUAGUACUGACUUUGCACAUUACCUGAUGGAUAAAACCACCGGCUGUCCUCUAUCCAUGCAAAGGGCUAGUGUUUAUGUAGGAAAAGGUAAAGACCAGAUGAUUCUCUUGGGUUCUUGAUCACUAGGAAGGGGUACUCUCUGUAACAGGGGAAAAUGGGAAGAGAUGGCAAAGUGGGGGAAUGGGCUCUCAGACCCUGGGGAGCAGAGAGAGGAGGACCACUGAGCUUGGAUGCUUCGUUCUGACCCAUCAUCACUACAUCUGUGGGCUCAGGUCUGGAUCUGGAGCAACGCAGGAGAUGAGGGGAGGAUGGAAGCCCUAGGCUCCAGCUUCAGAAGGGAAUCGGAGGGGAAAGGGAAAUCACCAUUGCUCAGGAUUCUCGGAGAUUUUCUUUGCUGGGAUUGCCCGUACUGGGAAGAUGAAGGCUCCCGCAGACUCAGAAGCUGGUUCUUGUUCUAGCAAACCUCAAAAUGAACUUUCUGGUCCUGGUGCACUAGCUACAAAAUCGGAUUUCAGAGGAUGAGAGCUCCAGGUCUGGUCCAGCUCUUCGAAGUCUUCUGGAUCCACAAUGAGCCACUUGUGUAUUUGUUUUCCAUUUACGACUUUAGACGAAUGAAAGUCCUAAAGCUUUAGACUUGCUGAUGUCCUUCAGUAAAGCAUCCCUGCUUCUGAAGGCAGCAGGUGCGCCUUAAUAGAGAAGACCCUAAGGCAGACCCCACCGUGGAGCCUUACUCGCCUGAGAUGCAACCCUGGGAAGUGGUAUUGAGCCCGCCUCUCCCGAAGGCCCCUUUCCUCCUCUGAGAAGUUUAGAGGUUCCCAAGUUGUCUGUGUGUGGUUAGAGGGUUAGAGGCUAUAAACUCUAGUUAGAACUUGAGUGAAAAUAGUUACAUUCUGAGAAAAUCCGUGCAGUGGUCACCUCGGUCUUGAGAGUCCUGACCAAAAAAAAAAAAAAACCAACAACAAACAAAACAAUGCAGCAGA